AUGAAACUUCAAAUCUUUUACCUUCUUACUGUCCUUUUCAUGUGUUUCUAUAUAAUGGACGUUAAAGCAUUUACUGUCAUCACGGAUUUGGAAUUGGAACUCUGCAGAUGUAGAAUUUGGAUAGAGGAUUCAAAUGGUUAUCGCAUAGCCGGUGACUCAGAAUAUCAUGAUUGUAGUGAACAUUCCUACACUGGUGAUGAACAUGAAACUAUUAAUUUUCCAGACCAAACGUACACGGUUCAUGCUAAAGUUCAAGGUAGUUUCGAGAAACAGAAAGUACGAGGAUCUUUUAAUGAAAAUACCUGUUAUGGUAUAUAUGGCACUGUUGAUGAUUGGACUUUUGAACAAAGAUCUUGUUAAUCGUUUAUUUGGAUAUUAUCUCAGUAUGUUGAAGAUGUGAACCAAUUAAAUCUGUUUCUCUAGUUGCAUAAUUAAUUACUUUCUAGAAAU